GCUGACCCCAUCCAUCAAAAGCUUUCAAGCUUGUGCAAAAAUAUUUUUAAUUUUUUCUUAUUCUUUAGUAUCUCCUAUUAAGUUAUGCUAUACGCAUAACAUACAGGAGUGAGCGAGUGUUGUUGGUGUGUUGUGUGAGAUGGUUUCAUAUUGAAAUUAGUCAGAUCAUUACGAUAGCAAUAUGGGGUCCAUGCGACCGACAGGAAGGUUCCUAUCGUUUGCGAACAACAUUCAACGUACACAGAAACAAGCUGUGCCAAGUGGAUUUCCACAAAGUCUAUCAGGAAGUGAGACGGAUGUGUCAACAUCUAAUGAGAAUUUGUCUCGAGAGGAGCGCUAUGUUGUGCGACAUACAGCCAGGGUUGAGCCCCAGGGACAGGAGAACCAGACUCAACAAAAUAACAAUAACAGGAAUUCUCUAAAGGACAAUGUGACAGGUAGUAACCGUAACUCAUUAAAGGAUUCAGUGGGUGGAGGCAACAGCAAUAGAAGUUCACUCGACGUGUCCUCCUCUUCAUACAAUACUCUCAUCAUACACAAUCAGGAUGACUCUUGGCCACCUAGACCCACUCCCAUCAGGGAACAUGAGAGAACAAGCAGUGAAGUGAAACAUCCCACCACUCAGUCAUCACCGUACCACACACUGAAGAAGAAUGAAGGUGUAAAGAAACCCAGUGGGAUACCUGUACCCAAGCUGCAUAAAGAACAGAAUGUCACUACCACAGCUAACUACAUUGAUAUUGGAGGCCAGAGGAUUUAUACUAGCCCACCUGACCAUGGAGUUCAGGAGAUAACAGAGAUCCCGGAUGAUUUCCUCAAUCAGUCUUCAGUACUGAAGCAUUUGGCGAAGGAAGUAGCCCAGUCUCCAACCCCGCGCGGUCCCACUCCUCCCGCCUCGCCCCGCGCACCUGCGCCUCCCCGAGACGAUUCAAGGAAAGCCAAAGGAAAAUGCUCAAAGGCUAAGCUUAGUAAGGAGAAAUUGAAUCUAUCAAGGUCACAGCCUGAUCUUACAAGCGUCGGCGUCCGCGCAGUGCCGGGCGGCUCGGAGUCGAGUGGCUGGUGCAGCGGCGGGGAGGGGGAGCUGGAGGAACCUGACGAUGCAUUCACUGCGGUACUCGACGCUCUGGCCGCUGAGAACCAUCAACUCAAGAGACAACUCGCUGAUGCCUGCGAGAGAGUGGCCAAAACUAAUAAGCUGGAAGAAGAAGUAGAAAAGGUCCGCACAGCACACGAAGAGCUGGUAGGUUCAUGCGAGCGUCGCGAGAGAUUGGAGCGGGCUGCCAGGGUACGACUACAGGCAGACUGUCGCCGUCUGCACGACCUCAACCGAGCACUCAAACAACAGGUGGAGCUAUUAUCACAAGGGGUUCGAAAUGAAAACGACAGCAAUGCUGAAGCGCUGCGCAAGGAGUUGCAGAGCAGGGAGAUGCUUAUCGCACAACUCAUUACACAGAACAAGGAGCUGGCAUGCGCUAAGGAGAGACAAGAGAUAGAGAUGGCGGCCCAGCGCGCCACGCUGCAGGAGCAACGCACGCACAUCGACAUACUGGACACCGCGCUCACUAACGCACAGGCCAACGUCGUCCGCCUCGAGGAGGAGUGCCGUCACGCCAGUGGGUACGUGGAGCGAGUGAUGGGGUUGCAGCGCGCACUGGCCUCGCUGCAGCAGGCCUCCGACCGACGCGAGCAUACUGAGAGGAAGCUACGCGCGCAGCUAGAGAAGGAGCUGCAGACUCUCAGGAAGCGCGAGUGUACCUGCGGCGGGGGCGCGGGCGGGGGCGCGGGGGGCGCGGCGCCCGCGGCCCUGUCCCGGACCCAGGCGGAGCUGCGGCGCCAGCUGCGCGAGCGCGACGAGCGGCUGCUGGCGCUGGAGGGCGAGUGCGCCAAGUGGGAGCAGCGCUACCUCGAGGAGGCCGCGCUGCGCCAGGCCGCCGUCUCCGCCGCAUCCAUACCCAAGGAUGCGAAGAUCGCGGCGUUGGAGAAGACGUCGGCGGAGUCCGAGCGACUGAUGGCGGAGGCUCGCAACGAGAAGAUACGACACAUGGACGAACUACACUCCGCACAGAAGAAACUAGCUGACCUAGAGGGCAGAGUAAAGGAGCUGGAAUCUAAAGUGGCGGAACGUGACGCGAUGAUCAAAGUCCUGCAAAAACACACUAGCGCCGCUUACGACAGUGGCGCUUCACUGCGGAAUAACUCCAGUCGCGAGGAACUGGUGGGCCUGUCGUCGGGCGCGUCGUUCUCCAGCGCGGAGGGAGUGGGCGGCGGCAGUGUGUCGGGCCGGUACCGACAUCUAGCGCGCAGGAACUACUCGCCGCAUAAUGACAACUCUAGCGGUUGCGGGUUCGACAGCACGUCCCUGCGCCUGGACGAGCAGUUGGCGGCGCUGGAGUCGCGCCUGGAGCGGCCGCCCGUGCCCGCCCGCGGGUUGUGCUGCUUCCCUGGUCUCGGCACGGUGGGUGCUCGAGGCGGCGGAGGGCGGGGUGAAGAAGCCCUGUUACUGGAGCGCCAGGGUCGGGCCUCACAACAGACACGCUCGUCCAGCCUGCCACCACCACCUUCAGCACUACCUCGCCCACCCAGGAAACCUUCCGCAAGGAACACCAGAUACGACCGCUUGGAACAUAGAGAUGCUCGUAAGGACUCUGACGGCUCCGGAUCAAUUGCGUCCAGUGCGUCCCGCAGCUCGCCACUGCCAUACGACACAGUCCGCAAGCUACCCUCGGUGCCCACGUCAGCGUCACUUCCUGCAGCGGAGUCCAGGGAAUCUUUAGUGCGACCUCGCGACUCCAGUCUGCCCUCGCCGUCCAAGUUAGCCGUGUACGCAGCCGCCAGAAGACGAUCAGCCGAGUCUGCUAAAGACAACAAACGCACACACCAUUACAGAAUUCAAUUUUAACGGUACACUUCAGAAAUUAAGAUUUUGAGUCCAAUUUUUUCUAAUUUAAGUGUGUUCAUAUAUUAAUCGCUGUUGUCAGCGGAUUGUCACGAAACAUCACUGCCAAUAAUAUGGCCAUGGUCUAAUAAAUGUUAUAGGUAAACGACGGCAUUUUAUAAAUAAGUACCUGCGCACAAUUUUACAUGUCCUAAGCACACACUCGCUCAUCCGUGAGUCCUGAACUAAUACCCUUCAUGAAACCUGAUAUUGACGUGUUUAUUUUCAGUAUGAAUACUGAAAAUAAUUAUUCCCCAUGUGCUAAACUCAUGUUUAUGAAUUUUACGGUACGUUACGCGAAAUACUGAAAAAAUAAACGAUUGUUUUACUUUAGAAAGAAACGUUAAAAUGUAAAGAAAAUAGAAUUUACGUCGUUCAUUAUAAGGUAUACUUUUGUUUUGUAUAGUUAUCGAAUUCUAAAUAAUUCGACACAGAGUAGAGUAGGCAUACCAUUGACCUACUGAUUUAUUUUAACAUAUUUUAACGGUGAAAAUUCAAUAGUUUUGUUUGACAUAUGAAUUCCAUUUUGCCAGUAGGCAGGUACUACAACAGUAAUUUGAAUAGUGAGUCAUGUAUCUAUUUUGCGAGUUCUCGGUGUUUGUAGAAAGUAAAAAAAUCGUGGCUGUUUUCCUUAUAAAUUGCUUUAAGAUAAUGCCAAAUAUCUAUUUGAAGAUGUCUAAAUAAAUAAUUAAUUCUAUUACUGGGUGUGGGUUGGUGUCGUUAGCCCACGCUACGCCCAACUUUUUAAGUAGCCCACGGGCACCGAGCGCCUUAACUUAUAAGUAGGUAAUGAACUCAACUAUAAUAAUUUGUCAUUGAUUGAUAGAUUAAACUGUCAAAUACCAAGCGGUCACCGGUGACCGCAACCUAUUGUUCUAUAAUUGUGUCUGCAAAACCGGUACUCGACGAGUUAAACCAGUGUUUCCCAACAUUUAUUAUGUUUCAGAAUAUUUAUAA